AACGAGGCGGGACAACAGACGGAGAAUGAAAGCUUCCUUUUGAAGGAUGGUAAUCCAAUUAAGAAGGCUGUACAAGCACCGGCAUUCUCAGGCAUAGGCUUCUCGCAAUUUAAAUGUCAAUAGGCAACCACCUAUACUAAUUGAUUAUGUGCUGUUACUAGCUAGCAACGUGGACCAGUCGCGUCUACACAUACAAUGACACAACCAGUUGGCACACUAUAUAACACCUAUAAUUGCCAUUGUUGAGGAAAGCAUCGAUAAAGUUUGGUCUGGGAUAUAUCAGAUAUCACGCCCCCGCACUCCCUCUUAAUUCCCUGAUCCAUGGCUACCUCUCUGGCUUUGAUGGUCCUGGGCGUAGUCAUGGCAUUGGCAGCAGGUGGGGCAGAAGGAGCCCCCAGGGCUUUCUUUGUGUUUGGCGAUUCGCUGGUUGACAAUGGCAAUAACAAUUACUUGGCAACCUCAGCUCGGGCUGACACUCCUCCUUACGGCAUCGACUACCCCACUCGCACACCCACUGGCCGUUUCUCUAAUGGCUACAACAUUCCUGACUUCAUCAGUCAAGAACUUGGCUCAGAAUCCACCCUGCCAUAUUUAAGUCCUGAGCUCACCGGACGAAGAUUGCUUGUUGGCGCCAACUUUGCCUCUGCCGGCAUUGGAAUUCUCAACGACACCGGAAUCCAAUUUGUUAACAUAAUCAGAAUAUACAGGCAGCUAGAGUACUUUGAAGAAUACCAGCAAAGGGUGCGUGCUCUGAUCGGAGCUGCGAGGACGAAGCGAUUAGUGAAUGGAGCACUAGUGCUCAUCACUCUCGGAGGCAAUGACUUUGUGAAUAACUACUACUUGGUGCCUUUCUCAGCCAGAUCCCGCCAGUUCGCUUUACCAGAGUACGUCAAAUAUUUGAUCUCCGAGUACGAGAAGAUUUUACGGAGACUACAUGAUAUUGGAGCUCGAAGAGUGCUGGUGACGGGAACUGGUCCAUUGGGGUGCGUACCGGCAGAGUUGGCGCAGCGGAGCAGAAACGGGGAAUGCUCAGCACAGUUGCAGCGAGCAGCGUCCCUGUUCAACCCACGGCUGGUGCAGAUGCUGGGUCGACUCAACCGCGAAAUUGGCUCUCAGGUCUUCAUCGGGGUCAACACACGGCAAAUGCACCUUGAUUUCAUCUCUAACCCUCAGGCAUUCGGAUUUGUAACCUCAAAGGUGGCGUGCUGUGGUCAAGGACCGUAUAAUGGCCUCGGAUUGUGCACGGUAGCAUCUAACUUGUGCCCAGACCGUGAUGCGUACGCAUUUUGGGACCCAUUCCAUCCUUCCGAGAGAGCCAACAAGUUGAUUGUCCAACAGAUCAUGUCAGGCAGCAGCAAAUAUAUGCACCCCAUGAAUCUCAGCACCAUUUUGGCCCUCCAUUCCUCCAACUAAUUAUUCGUCUAUUUCGCCUUCCUUUAUUCUACUAUUGCCGUGGCUUUUAAUUUGUUUGAUCGUGUGGGAGGGUCUGAGAGCUCCUUGUGUGCCCUCUCGUCUUAUUUGCAGUUGCUUCUGUCAUCAUCU